ACGUUGUGGUUCUGAUCGGUUAAUUUGCAUUGAGAUUUUUUUCCCCCCUCUUACCCUCCCUUCCCCCCCCCUCCUCCCCCUCCCUCAGCGCCUUUUCAAAACAACGAACUGUCUCACUACAAACAAUUGAAUUUAAUGAGCGGCCGCAGCGCAAAUAAAUGAUUAAAUUAGUGAAAGAUGUGCGAAAACUGCGCAGAGCUGUUGGACGUGUUAAAUGCAAUUUCUGAAACAGAAAAUAAUGAAGGACUGCAGCUUAAAAAGGAACAUGCUCUCAAAAUAUUUAAUUACAUUAACUCUUGGACACAGAGGCAAUGCCUUUGUUGCUUCAAGGAAUACAAGCACCUGGAAAUCUUCAACCAGGUGGUUUAUGCCCUUAUCAAUAUGGUGACUGCCCAAAUCCAGGCUCUCCAAGACCAGUUGUGUAAAAUUUGCACUAGUGAUGAUUCUUCAUGGCAGGACCUGAAUCAGCAAAACCAUGAACAGAUUAAUCGGGAAGGAGAGUGUAAUAAAAAUGAAGAUGAUAUUGGUCGAAAAUUAAAUGAUUUUGUGGAGAAAAAGGCAAAUAAUAGAACAUGUGGGAGAACUGAGGAGGUUUCUGCACGGAGCACUGAUCCAUUUAGCACGUGGAAUACAGAAGAAAAAGAAAAGUUGUUGUUAUGUGUGGCAAAGAUAUUUCAAAUUCAGUUUCCUUUAUAUACUGCCUACAAACAUAACACACAUGCUACUAUAGAGGACAUUUCAGCUCAUGAAAGCAACUUAUUAGGGGCGUUUUGUGAUAUGAAUGAUGUAGAAGUACCUUUGCACUUGCUUCGCUAUGUCUGCCUCUUUUGUGGAAAAAAUGGCCUUUCGCUUAUGAAAGAUUGUUUUGAAUAUGGAACUCCAGAAACUCUUCCUUUUCCAAUAGCACAUGCAUUUAUCACAGUAGUAUCCAAUAUUAGGAUAUGGUUGCACAUCCCUGCAGUUAUGCAACAUGUUAUACCCUUUAGAACUUAUGUUAUUAGGUAUUUGUGUAAACUUACAGACCAGGAAUUGCGGCAGAGUGCUGCACGCAACAUGGCAGAUUUAAUGUGGAGUACAGUCAAGGAACCAUUGGAUACGGCGCUGUGUUUUGACAAAGAGAGUUUGGAUCUUGCUUUCAAGUACUUCAUGUCACCAACUCUAACAAUGAGGUUGGCUGGUCUCAGUCAGAUUACAAAUCAACUUCAUACAUUCAAUGAUGUUUGUAAUAAUGAAUCUUUGGUGUCAGACACUGAAACGUCAAUUGCAAAAGAGCUUGCAGACUGGCUAAUUCAUAAUAAUGUUGUUGAACAUAUCUUUGGACCAAAUUUGCACAUUGAGAUCAUCAAACAAUGCCAAGUUAUUCUGAACUUUCUUGCUGCUGAAGGAAGACUUAGCACACAACAUAUAGAUUGUAUUUGGGCAGCAGCACAGUUGAAGCACUGUAGUCGAUACAUCCAUGAUUUAUUCCCUUCACUUAUUAAGCACUUGGAUCCUGUACCACUCCGUCACCUUCUUAAACUAGUUUCUGCUCUUCACCCAAGUGUCCACACAGAACAGACCCUGUACUUGGCAUCAAUGCUCAUUAAAGCCCUCUGGAACAAUGCACUUGCUGCCAAGGCUCAAUUAUCCAAGCAGAGCUCCUUUGCUUCUCUUCUUAACACAAAUCUCCCUUUGGGAAAUAAGAAAGGAUCUCCAGCAGCUAGUCCACAGAGUAGUGACAACAGUGAUACUCAUCAAAGUGGUGGCAGUGACAUUGAAAUGGAUGAGCAAAUGAUGAACAGAGCAAAGCGUGGACAACAACGACUGUCAGAUACUGAGGAGUCUAUGCAAGGAAGUUCCGAUGAGACUGCUAACAGUGGUGAAGAUGCCAGUAGUGGGCCUGGCAGUAGCAGUGGGCACAGUGAUGGUUCCAGUAAUGAAGUAAAUUCAAGCCAUGCCAGUCAGUCAGCUGGAAGUCCAGCAAGUGAAGUCCGCUCUGAGGAUAUGGCAGAUAGUGAAGUUCUCAAAGAAGAGGAUGAUGAUGAUGAUGACGAUGAGGGAGAGGAGAGCCCCCAGAAUGAGAGCAGGAACCCGGAGUUAAGAACUCUGAGUGCAGAGUCGCAGUCGGGAAUUUGUAUGACAGAAUCACCUGGUGGAACAGAAUGUGACAGAACUAAUAGUGGACCAGGCAAGGAUAUUUCUUAUAGCACUGAUACAGUUCCAUCAGGAGAGAAUAGAAUUCGACUUCUCGAUACCUGCUCACAUGCAGAAGACUCUGAACGUGAUAUGACAGGGGAAAUCAAUACUGCACACAUAUCACAAGGUUCUCAGGAAUCUUGUAUCACGCGCACUGGCGAUUUUUUAGGAGAGGCAAUUGGAAAUGAAAUAUUUAACUGCAGACGGUUCAUUGGUCAGCAGCAUCAUCAUCAUGAUGGGCAUUUGGGUGAUGAUAUGAUGAGUGCAGAUGAUGUCAGCUGCAGUAGUUCUCAGGUCAGUGCGAAGUCUGAAAAAAACAUGGCAGAUUUUGAUGGGGAAGAGUCGGGUUGUGAGGAAGAACUGGUACAGAUUAAUUCUCAUGCAGAACUUACAUCUCACCUUCAACAACAUUUACCCAAUCUUGCCUCCAUCUACCAUGAACACCUUAGUCAAGCUCCCAGUGUUCAUAAGCAUCAAUACAAUUCCAAUGCACUCACGGAUAUCAAUUUAGACAAUGUUUGCAAGAAGGGUAACACUCUUCUUUGGGACUUGGUACAAGAUGAAGAUGCGGUACAUCUCUCAGAGGGAUUGAUAAAUGAAGCUGAGAAACUGCUGUGCUCCCUUGUGUGCUGGUUUACUGACCGGCAGAUUAGAAUGAGAUUCAUUGAAGGUUGUUUAGAAAACCUAGCAAAUGAUAGGUCAGUGGUAGUCUCACUUCGUCUUUUGCCUAAACUUUUUGGCACCUUUCAGCAAUUUGGAAGCAGUUAUGACACGCAUUGGAUAACCAUGUGGGCUGAAAAGGAACUAAGCAUGAUGAGACUCUUUUUUGACAAUCUGAUACACUACAUUCAGGCAGUCAGAGAGAGUGUGAAUAAGCAUUUGCUAUACAGUCAUGGUGCUGAGGUGCAAGUUCGCCUGCAGUUUCUGACCUGUGUUUUUUCAACACUUGGAUCUCCCGACCAUUUUAGACUAAGUCUUGAUCAGGUGGAUAUCUUAUGGCACUGUCUUGUGGAAGACCCUGAAUGCUAUGAUGAUGCAUUACACUGGUUCCUCAAUCAAGUUCGCAGUAAAGACCAGCAUGCAAUGGGCAUGGAGACAUACAAACAUUUAUUUUUAGAAAAGAUGCCACAAUUAAAACCAGAAACGAUCAGCAUGACUGGUUUAAAUCUGUUCCAGCAUUUGUGCAAUCUGGCUCGUCUUGCAACCAGUGCAUAUGAUGGUGGUUCUAGUUCGGAGGGUACAGCAGAACCUGCUUCCACCACAGCUGCAUUUAGUUCAUUCCAGAUUCCAACCACAGACUGGCAGCUUUGUGGAAUGGAUCAACUCUGGGGCAUUGCAUUAAGGGCUCAAACAGCUGAUGUUAGCCGAGCCGCUAUCCAGUACAUCAAUUCAUAUUAUAUUAAUGGUAAAACUGGCUUGGAAAAGGAGCAAGAAUUUAUCAGUAAGUGUAUGGAAAGCCUUAUGAUGGCAUCAGAAAAUCUUGAGAAAGAAUCACAAUCCAGCCUCACGAUUAUUGAAAGGGGACUGUUGAUGCUGAAAACACACCUGGAAGCAUUUAGGAGAAGGUUUGCAUACCAUUUACGUCAGUGGCAGAUAGAGGGUACCGGUAUUAGCAGUCAUUUAAAGGCCCUUAGUGAUAAACAGUCCUUACCAUUACGAAUUGUUUGUCAACCAGCUGGGCUGCCUGAUAAGAUGACUAUUGAAAUGUAUCCUAGUGACCAAGUUGCAGAUUUAAGAGCUGAAGUUACCCACUGGUAUGAGAAUCUGCAGAAGGAACAAAUGAGUCAGCAAGCUCAGCUGCAAGAAUUUGGCCAAAACAGCCGGCAAGGAGAUUUUACUGGAGGUCUUAUGGGACCUGUGAGAAUGAUUUCCUCAGGACAUGAACUUACCACAGAUUAUGAUGAGAAAACACUCAAUGAACUUGGAUUUAAAGAUAUGCAGAUGGUAUUUGUAUCACUUGGUGCUCCACGUAGGGAGCGCAAAGGAGAUGGCAUUCAGUUGCCCGCAUCUUGCCUUCCUCCACCCCAAAAGGAAAAUAUCCCAAUGCUUUUGCUCCUGCAAGAACCACAUCUUACUACCUUGUUUGACUUGCUUGAGAUGCUAGCAUCAUUUAAACCGCCUUCAGUUGAUCACACAAUGGAAGAUUUUGAGACUGUGCGCUGUGAAGAAUUGCACCUUCACGCAGAAAACCUGUCGCGGCGUGUUUGGGAACUGUUAAUGCUUCUUCCCACUUGUCCAAACAUGUUACAAGCAUUUCAAAAUAUCUCCGACGAACAGGGGAAUGAUGGACACUGCUGGAACGACUUGCUUAAAAUAAAAAGUCCUCAUAAACUCCUGUACGCACUCGAAAUUAUUGAGGCCUUGGGGAAACCUAACAGGAGAAUAAGAAGAGCAUCAACGGGUAGCUACAGUGAUCUGUAUCCUGACUCGGAUGAUUCAAGUGAAGAUCAGAUAGAGAACAGUAAAAAUUCCUGGAGUUGUAAGUUUGUUGCUGCUGGGGGACUUCAGCAAUUACUGGAAAUUUUUUUAUCGGGGAUUUUAGAACCAAAGGAGCAGGAAUCAUGGACUGUGUGGCAGCUGGACUGCCUUGCCUGUCUGCUGAAGUUAAUGUGCCAGUUUGCAGUUGAUCCGGGUGAUUUAGACCUGGCUUAUCACGACAUCUAUGCCUGGUCUGGUGUCUCAGACAACCAUAGAAAAAGGACCUGGCCUGGGAAAUCAAGGAAAGGAGCUGGUGAUCAUGGGAAAGGAUUACAUAUACCUCGUUUGACUGAGAUAUUUCUCAGCCUGGUACAUGGAUCUGGUUUGAUUUAUCGGCUAAUGACUGUUGCUUAUACCUACAGCAACUUGGCUCAUAGAGUUCUUAAAGCCCAAUCUGAUCAUCGAUCCAGGCAUGAAGUCACUCAUUAUGCAAUGUGGUUGUUAGUGAGUUGGGCUCACUGUUGUUCGUUGGUCAAAUCCAGCAUGGCAGAUAGUGAACAUUUACAUGAUUGGCUGAAAAAACUAACUCUGCUUGUACCAGAGGCAUCUGUUCGACAUGAAGCUUGCAGUGGGCUGUAUAAGUUGUGCCUUUCCGGUUUAGAUGGUGGAGAAUCAAUAAAUCGAUCAUUCCUUUUACUAGCCGCAUCAACGUUACUAAAAUUCCUUCCUGAUGCUCAAACUUUGAAGCCUGUCAGGGAGAUAGAUUAUGAAGAGGAAUCGGUAUUGCGAGCAGGUUGCAAGGAAUAUUUCUGGUUACUUUGUAAACUAAUUGAUAAUAUCCAUGUAAAAGAUGCCAGCCAGACUACAUUGCUGGAUUUGGAUGCCUUAGCAAGACAUCUCGCCGAUUGCAUUCGCAGCAGGGAAAUUCUGGAUCAGCAGGACAGUAACACCGAAGAUGAUGGGCUUACAGGAUUACUGCGUCUUUGCACCGUAGUCAUAAAGCACAAGUCUCCAUUUAAAUUCUCUCGGGAAGGACAGGAAUUCUUAAGAGAUGUGUUCAAUCUCUUGUUUUUACUGCCAAGCUUGAAGGACAGGCAGCAACCAAAAUGCAAGUCCCAUUCUUCUCGAGCAGCAGCCUACGAUUUGCUUGUGGAGAUGGUGAAGGGCUCAGCAGAAAACUACAGAUUGCUCCACAAUUGGGUUAUGGCACAGCACAUGCAAUCAUCUCAUGCACCAUACAAAUGGGAUUACUGGCCUCAUGAUGAUGUGCGAGCUGAGUGCAGAUUUGUGGGUUUGACGAAUCUUGGAGCAACCUGUUACUUGGCUUCUACCAUUCAACAGCUCUACAUGAUACCGGAGGCAAGACAGGCCAUUUUUACAGCUAAAUAUUUGGAAGAUAUCAAGCAUAAAACAACCCUUCUUGAAUUGCAAAAAAUGUUCACAUAUCUCAUGGAAAGUGAACGUAAAGCAUAUAAUCCAAGACCAUUCUGCAAAACCUACACCAUGGACAAACAGCCUUUGAACACCGGAGAACAGAAAGAUAUGACUGAAUUUUUCACUGAUCUGAUAACAAAAAUCGAAGAGAUGUCACCUGAUCUAAAAAACACAGUGAAGAGCUUAUUUGGUGGGGUUAUAACAAAUAAUGUUGUAUCACUGGAUUGUGAACAUGUUAGCCAGACAGCUGAGGAAUUCUACACAGUCAGAUGCCAAGUAGCUGAUAUGAAAAACAUUUAUGAGUCGCUUGAUGAAGUUACUAUAAAAGAUACUCUGGAAGGUGAUAACAUGUACACUUGCUCUCAGUGUGGAAAGAAAGUACGGGCUGAGAAGAGAGCUUGUUUUAAGAAAUUACCGCGGAUCUUGAGUUUUAAUACCAUGCGAUACACUUUUAAUAUGGUUACAAUGAUGAAAGAAAAAGUCAACACUCAUUUCUCGUUUCCCCUCCGUCUUGACAUGACUCCAUACACUGAAGAUUAUCUUAUGGGCAAAAAUGACCGUAUAGAUGGUUUGAAAGAGGAUGGAAAGGUUAAACAAAGUGAAAGCUUUGAGUAUGAUUUGAUAGGAGUAACUGUACACACCGGGACGGCAGAUGGAGGUCAUUAUUACAGUUUCAUCAGAGAGAUUGUUAAUCUUCAUGCUUACAAAAACAACAAAUGGUAUCUAUUUAAUGAUGCUGAGGUAAAACCAUUUGAUUCUGCUCAACUCGCCUCUGAAUGCUUUGGUGGAGAAAUGACAACCAAAACCUAUGAUUCGGUCACAGACAAGUUCAUGGAUUUUUCCUUUGAAAAGACACACAGUGCAUAUAUGCUGUUCUACAAACGAGUGGAGACAGAAGAAGAAAAUGGGAAGGAAUACAGCUUUGAUGUUUCACCAGAACUUUUGGAGUGGAUCUGGCAUGACAACAUGCAGUUUCUCCAGGACAAGAAUAUCUUUGAACAUACUUACUUUGGAUUCAUGUGGCAGUUGUGCAGCAGCAUCCCAAGCACAUUACCUGAUCCAAAGGCUGUAUCCCUUAUGACUGCGAAGCUAAGUACCUCUUUCGUCCUGGAAACUUUUAUCCACUCCAAAGAAAAGCCCACUAUGUUGCAAUGGAUUGAACUUUUGACAAAACAGUUUAACAACAGCCAGGCAGCCUGUGAGUGGUUUUUGGAUCGAAUGGCUGAUGAUGAUUGGUGGCCAAUGCAAAUUCUUAUCAAGUGUCCAAAUCAGAUUGUGAGACAGAUGUUCCAGCGUCUAUGCAUUCACGUGAUUCAGCGACUCCGACCAGUACAUGCACAUCUCUACUUACAGCCAGGAAUGGAAGAUGGUUCUGAUGAUAUGGAUGGUCCAGUAGAAGAUAUUGGAAGUCGUUCAUGUGUAACUAGGUUUGUGAAGACGCUCUUAUCUAUAAUGGAGCAUGGAGUCAAACCUCACAGCAAACAUCUCACCGAAUAUUUUGCAUUCUUGUUUGAGUUUGCCAAAAUGGGCGAAGAAGAGAGUCAGUUUCUUUUGUCCUUGCAAGCAAUAUCAACAAUGGUACAUUUUUACAUGGGAACAAAGGGACCAGAAAACCAAUUCCCCCAACCACAAGUUGAGGUAUUAUCUGAAGAAGAAGGUGAGGAGGAAGAGGAAGAGGAAGACAUUUUAUCUUUAACAGAAGAGAAGUAUAGACCUGCAGCACUAGAGAAGAUGAUUGCCUUAAUUGCACUUUUAGUAGAGCAGUCUCGUUCAGAAAGGCAUCUGACUUUGUCGCAGAAUGACAUGGCUGCCUUGACAGGAGGCAAGGUAUCGUCAGUAGACAUAGAACUGGGGUUCCCAUUUUUGUUUCAGCAUAUCCGUGAUGGCAUCAACAUUAGGCAGACCUGCAAUUUGAUCUUCAGUCUGUGUCGCUACAAUAAUCGACUUGCAGAGCAUAUUGUUUCUAUGCUGUUCACAUCAAUAGCAAAGCUGACGCCUGAGGCUGCACAGCCUUUCUUCAAGCUGUUAUCCAUGUUGAUGGAGUUUGCUGGUGGACCACCUGGAAUGCCUCCAUUUGCUUCUUAUAUUCUUCAGAGAAUUUGGGAGGUUAUUGAAUACAACCCAUCUCAGUGCUUGGACUGGCUAGCAAUGCAAACCCCUCGUAAUAAGCUUGCUCACAGCUGGGUACUUCAAAACAUGGAGAACUGGGUGGAACGGUUUUUGCUGGCGCACAACUAUCCUAGAGUCAGAACAUCUGCAGCUUACCUUUUGGUUUCACUCAUUCCAAGCAACUCAUUUCGUCAGAUGUUCCGAUCUACACGUUCUUUACAUAAUCCAACGCGUGAUUUGCCUCUUAGUCCAGACACAACUGUUGUUCUUCAUCAGGUGUACAAUAUCCUCCUUGGUCUGCUUUCAAGAGCCAAGCUAUAUGUUGAUGCCGCUGUCCAUGGCACUACAAAAUUAGUUCCUUAUUUCAGUUUCAUGACCUAUUGUUUAGUCUCAAAGACUGAGAAGUUGAUGUUCUCUAGUUAUUUUAUGGACCUGUGGAAUCUCUUCCAGCCCAAGUUGUCUGAACCUGCUAUUGCAACAAAUCACAAUAAGCAGGCGUUGCUCAUUUUCUGGUAUAAUGUGUGUGUGGACUGCCCAGAAAAUGUACGCUUCAUUGUACAGAAUCCUGUAGUGACAAAAAACAUUGCUUUUAAUUACAUCUUGGCCGAUCAUGAUGAUCAAGAUGUUGUUCUGUUUAACCGUGGGAUGCUGCCUGCAUAUUAUGGGAUUUUACGUCUGUGCUGUGAACAGUCCCCUGCAUUCACACGACAACUAGCUUCACAUCAGAAUAUUCAGUGGGCUUUCAAAAAUCUUACACCGCAUGCAAGCCAGUAUCCAGGGGCUGUUGAAGAACUAUUUAAUCUUAUGCAGCUUUUUGUAGCUCAGAGACCAGAUAUGAGAGAAGAGGAAGUGGAAGACAUAAAGCAAUUCAAGAAAACCACCAUUAGCUGCUACUUGCGAUGUCUGGAUGGGCGCUCAUGCUGGACUACACUUAUUAGUGCCUUCCGAAUCCUCCUGGAGACAGAUGAAGAUAGGUUGCUGGUUGUUUUCAAUCGGGGUCUGAUUCUGAUGACUGAGUCUUUUAAUACUUUGCACAUGAUGUACCACGAAGCUACUGCUUGCCAUGUAACUGGAGACUUAGUGGAACUUCUCUCUAUUUUCCUGUCUGUUUUGAAAUCUACUCGCCCAUAUCUACAACGGAAAGAUGUUAAACAAGCCCUGAUCCAGUGGCAAGAAAGAAUCGAAUUUGCUCACAAGCUUCUCACAUUAUUGAAUUCCUAUAGCCCUCCAGAACUUCGAAAUGCCUGUAUAGAUGUUUUAAAAGAGCUUGUUCUCCUCAGUCCUCACGAUUUCCUUCAUACUUUGGUACCAUUCCUUCAGCACAAUCAUUGUACUUAUCACCAUAGUAAUAUACCAAUGUCCUUGGGCCCCUAUUUUCCCUGUCGUGAGAACAUAAAGUUAAUGGGCGGCAAGAAUAAUAUCCGUCCUCCUCGUCCAGAACUCAACAUGUGCCUCUUACCCACAAUGGUGGAAGCUAGCAAGGGAAAAGAUGACAUUUAUGACCGUGUGCUAGUGGAUUAUUUCCUUUCAUACCAUCAGUUCAUCCAUCUCCUGUGUCGAGUAGCAGUGAAUUGUGAAAAAUUCACAGAAACCCUGGUGAAAUUAAGUGUUCUGAUAGCAUAUGAAGGUUUACCUCUACAUUUAGCUUUAUUCCCUAAACUGUGGACGGAGAUUUGCCAAUCUCAGUCAACUAUGGCAAAGAAUUGCGUUAAGUUGCUGUGUGAUGAACCAGUAUUUGCUGAAUAUAUUAAGUGUAUUCUUAUGGACGAGAGGAUCUGUUUAAACAACAAUGCAGUUUAUACCUUUCUUGCUUGUUUCCUCCCCAAGGUUCAGAAUCAGGUUUUUUCCAGUUCUAACUGUUCCAGUUUGAUCAAUAAUUUAAUCACAAAUCUAAUAAAUGAAUACCAUAAUCUUGAGCCAGAGCUUCUGGGACAACGUGUUGAAAUCUAUAAAGUUGGUGCUAUUCUAAAUGGGGAUCUUCGAGCUCUUGCUUUGCUGCUUUCUAUACAUACCCCCAAUCUACUGGACUCGGCACUAAUCCAGACACUACAGGAUUUGUUAAACAAGUGUAGAACAUGUCAGCAGCAGAAAAAUGCAUUACAGGAACAGGAAGCAAAGGAAAGAAAGAUAAAGGAUGAUGAAGGAGCCACCCCUGUUAAAAGGAGGCGCGUUAGCAGUGAUGAAGAACAUCCAUUGGACAACAGCACGGGACAAAGCACACCCAGUGAUGCUCGGACGGAACCUAGGGAGGCAUUAACCUCUGCCAGUACCUCUGACACUGAAACUAGGGACUCAACGGUUAUUGAUCCAGGCACCGAACAAGACCCACCAACCCCUGAUCCCAUUUCUAUUAAAGAAGAUAAAAUGGAAGUUUCUUCCUUGAGUACACAUGAGACAUUAAUCAACAAUAGGCCCCAGGACUCUGUAGAACAGUUGCAGGGAGAGGAUGCAGCAGACAACUGUAAAGUGGUGAAGGAACUACUAAGUUCCGAAAAAGAAACGAGUGUGAAUGAAGAUGAUUCUGAUUCUCCCUCUACGUCACCACCUGCUACGACAAUUUUAUCUGAGCUGACUGACCUUAGGAACUGUGAGGCUCAAAACUUGCCAUCAUUUGAUCCAGAAACUGGUUUAUCUAAUAGCUGUACCCAUUCCAGAGGGCUUUUUAACAUGCAACAGCAGGACCUUUUAGAUAAUUUGUGUAGGACCAUUGAAUCCACUAUGAGCGCAGUCACACGAAUAUUGAGCAGAGGGAGCCAAUCCACUUCUUGAUGAGACUACUAGCAUGACUAGUUUUGUCCUUUAUAAAUACAGUUUGAGUUUCGUUUAAUUCUGUUCUGCCUGUUGAUCUGAUGCUUUGUGCUUCACUGUCAAGUGACAUUUUUUCCUGCUUGAAUGCCUGUUAGCUAUUUGUAUGAAGAAGCAUCUCGGCCAUGAGAGAGAUCCAGUGUGUUAGGGUUAUGCGCUUGAAGAUGUGAUAAAUGGAAAACUAAACACAAAUUUUUAGAUAACUUAAAACAAAGGCAUUUGCAGCAUAUUUCUCAAGGGAAAUCAUAUUAAUGGUCAGCUUUUACAUAGAAGUAAUUUGUUGUGGCUUUUCAUCCAGAUUUGAGGUGUAUCUAGGUGUGAAGGGUUACAGAGAUUUUUGUUCUUCUCACAUUGUAUGAUGUAAUUUAAAAAUAUUGCAUUUUUACUGUGUAUAAUAUUGUGUCUUUUGUUGCCGGUUUUUGUACUCUAUUAAGGAGGCAACCUUGCCUCAAAUCUCCGUGGUUUUAUUAUCCAAAUUACGUUGUUUACUUGUAUACUAAACCAACCACGAUUAAUUUGAUUCUGUGAAGAAUCCUCUGUAGACAGGAACUGGCAUAAAUAAGGUGCUUUAUCUGACAGGUUUCCCAUGGUGGAAAUAAAGCACACAAAAUAAAAAUCGGAACUUUA